UUAAUUUAUAACUAUAAAAUAAAUUUAUAAUUUAUUAAAGUAACGCCUUGUUAGAGAUGAGCUCUUUAGCACUUUAUUGUCCCUAAACUACUCUGCAACCUCUUGACCCUCACUUCAAGUCUUCUUUGGCUUUUACCAUGCCCAGUGGGGAAAAUGACUGUUUGGUUUCAGCGGUAGAAGCCUGCCCUUUGCCUGCCCCAGCCACGUGGCUCUCACCCCUGUGGGUGGUGUGAUCCAAGAUUUGUUAUGUUAGAGCAAAAGGCAUGUUCUUGGCAAGGGUUGGUCUGUCCAUGUAGGUGGAAGGGCAUCCUUUCUGUCCUGCAGAUUGAGCUGCAUCGUACCUGGAGUCAUGUGGUGUCUAAGGACUUUUUUCAGGUUCUACUGUGAGUCAGAGUUGAACCUGAAGCUGUUGCUGGGCUGGCCCUGAGUGCGGGAUUCUUCAGGCUUUGUGGCCCAAGGAUGUGCCUGGACCUGCUUGUCAGUGUCCCAGCAAAUCUACAGCCUCCCUGCACAGACUUAGUCUUUCCAGGCUCCCCAGCCCAGGCCUGUGAGAUAAUGAAACAGAGCAGCCUGGAGGUCACUGGGCUCCAGUUGGUGGCAUAGCCAGCAGCUUUGUCGCAACUGAAGUAAAGAGGCAGCCAUGGACGCCAAGUGGUGCUGAGAGCAGUGGGGCAUGGCUGCAGCCCUGCAGGUCCUGCGUCACUUGGCCAGAGCCCCCUCAGGCCCACUCCUCUGGGGGGGCCCAUUGGCCCGCAUGGCCAGUAGCAUGGCUCUGGCAGAGCAGGCACGGCAGCUGUUUGAAAGCACUGUGGGUGCAGUGCUGCCAGGCCCCCUGCUGCAGCGGGCCCUGUCCUUGGACCCUGACAGCGGAGAGCUGAAGGUGCGGGACCGGAGCUUUCAGCUGAGGCAGAACCUCUACCUGGUGGGCUUUGGCAAGGCUGUGCUGGGCAUGGCAGCUGCAGCUGAGGAGCUCCUGGGCCAGCAUCUUGUGCAGGGAGUGAUCAGUGUUCCCAAGGGGAUCCGUGCAGCCAUGGAGCACGCUGGCAAGCAGGAGAUGCUGCUGAAGCCACAUAGCCGCAUCCAGGUAUUUGAGGGCGCGGAGGACAACCUGCCGGACCGGGACGCUCUGCGGGCUGCUCUGGCCAUCAGGCAGCUGGCCGAAGGCCUGACCGCUGACGAUCUGCUGCUUGUGCUCAUCUCAGGGGGGGGCUCAGCCCUGCUGCCCGCCCCCAUCCCACCUGUCACGCUGGAGGAGAAGCAGACGCUAACCAAGCUGCUGGCGGCCCGGGGAGCCACAAUCCAAGAGCUGAACACCAUCCGGAAGGCCCUGUCCCAGCUCAAGGGCGGGGGGCUGGCUCAGGCCGCCUACCCUGCCCAGGUGGUGAGCCUCAUUCUGUCAGAUGUGGUGGGGGACCCCGUGGAGGUGAUUGCCAGCGGCCCCACUGUGGCCAGCAUCCACAGCGUGCAAGACUGCCUGCACAUCCUCAAUCGCUAUGGCCUUCGCGCUGCCCUGCCACGUUCUGUGAAGACUGUGCUGGCCCGGGCUGACUCUGACCCCCACGGGCCACACACCUGUGGUCACGUCCUCAACGUGAUCCUUGGCUCCAAUGCACUGGCACUGGCUGAGGCUCAGAAGCAGGCUGAGGCGCUGGGAUACAGGGCUGUGGUGCUGAGCACAGCCAUACAGGGUGAUGUGAAAAGUGUGGCCCAGUUCUACGGGCUGCUGGCCCGAGUCGCUGGAGCCCACCUUGCCCUGCCUGGCGCUGGAGCGUCUGUGGAGGAGGAUGAACGACUCUGUGAACUUGCAGCUGACCUCCAGCUCCCAGAUCUGCAACUGAAGGAGGCUCUGGAGGCUGUGGUGGGCGCUCGGGGCCCAGUGUGUUUGCUGGCUGGUGGCGAGCCCACGGUGCGGUUGCAGGGCUCAGGCAAGGGUGGCCGCAACCAGGAGCUGGCCCUGCGUGUUGGAGUGGAGCUGGGCCAGUGGCCACUGGGGACUGUUGACGUGCUGUUUUUGAGCGGCGGCACUGAUGGGCAGGAUGGGCCCACAGAGGCAGCCGGGGCCUGGGUCAGGCCUGAGCUUACCAGCCAAGCUGCCGCUGAGGGUCUGGACGUGGCCACCUUCCUGGCCCAUAAUGACUCACAUACCUUCUUCUGCCGCUUCCAGGGUGGGGCACACCUGCUGCACACGGGGCUGACUGGCACCAAUGUCACAGACGCCCACUUCCUGUUCCUGCAUCCACAGUGAUGAUGUAGGUCAUGUUUUGGGGAACCCAGAAGAGGCCUGCAGGGCAGCGUCCUGGAACAGACCAGGUUUGGUCCCCAGGGCCCGACCAAGCUUUAGGGCCCCUUCUCCCUUGGCCGUGGCUACUUGGUUGGCCCUCACACCUCCCAACCAGGGCCUCUUCUGUGUGUCCAGUUUCACACUGGCCAGGCAGAUGGGGGCUCUCUUCCACCCCUACUUUCAGCCAUGGCAGCGGGUACUCCAGAGGACCAGGACAGGCCCCUGGGCCAGUUCACUGUCCUAGUCUUCUCCCCUAGGCAGCCCCUCUGCUCAGCUUCCAAGCCUGUUUCUUCUGUGGGGUGAAGCAGGAAGGACUGAAAAUAAAAAGGAUCAUGCUCUGGG